AAUGCAUAAAUAUUCAUUAAUUAUAAAAAUCAUAUUAUAAUUUAAUUUUUUUAUAUAAGUAGUUCAUUUAAUACCCAUUAUAAUAAGCGCUCAGGAAGUUUUAUUAAUAAAAAAAGAAGUUCGUACGAAUCAUUGCCAGUUCAGCAUGAUAGGGGCGCGCCAUUAUUGAUUUGUUCACCCUCUCCGUAUAGCCCCGUCUACGUAAAAUAUUACCAAAACAAGUGCAAAUUCUGUGUCACAAAGAGUCAGUGAACUAAUAUGGACACUAGCGCAAUGACAACGUCUGGACUUCUGGAAUGGGAGUUGUCUUUGCCUUCUGACCAGAUCAUAUCCCACGCAUGGUACCAUGGCGCUCUCAGUCGAACAGCUGCGGAAAAUCUGCUCCAGCAAGAUCGAGAGUUUUUGGUUAGAGACUCGACGUCACAACCAGACAAUUACGUGCUAAGUUGUCGGUGCAACAGUCAACAUUUACAUUUUGUUAUACAAAGGAUUGUGGUACACCCUGAAACUGUUUAUGAAAGAUAUCAGUAUCAGUUUGAAGAUGAAGCAUACGACACAGUCGCUGAUCUUAUAACGUCAUACGUGGGUUCGGGGAAACCGAUAUCCGCAGCUUCCGGGGCAAGAAUACAAUACCCAGCAAAUAGAUUAAUUCCCCUUUCUAACUAUAUCUCUAGCGACGAUUCAAACCCAAUCAUAUCACCUGCUGGAGACAGCAAUUAUGGGAACGCGUACAGCGUGUACAGCCAUUUUGCUGCAAAACCAGGAAUGCAGCUGCGUGUUCCGUUCAAGAAGCAGCGUUCACACUCACUGACACCCAUAGAUAUGGCACAGCACAUAGCCAAUGGAAAAAGUGCAAGUGCCGAUGGUGUAAUUCAAACCAAUAAGCAUUUGAUAAAAUUUUCCAGUGAGUCUAAUUCAAAUUGUAAUACCUGGGAUGCAAAUUUACCUACUAGCCCUCCAGCAAAACCGGCUAGAUAUGAUGGGCCUAAAGCUGACGACAGGCGUCUCGAGUUACAGAGGCUGUAUCAUGUAUCUGGGUCAGAUUCUGGCAACGGAUCAGGAGAUUCAACACAAAGCUCUGCACACAGUGAUCCAAACAAAUGCAGGAUUGAGUCUGAUUAUAAUCUUACGACUCCAACUUUGAAACAACACUUCGAUUACGAUUUAAUCGAAGCAAAACUUUUGCAGCUAGAAAAUUUGGAUUACAUCGUUGCAAAACGGAUCAAUCUUGAAAACUUUCAAUCACAAAUCAUUCUGCCAAAUCUGACCAAGCCAUUAGAAUCCGAAACUUUGCACACAAUAAAAUUACUAUUAAGAACAUCUGGGCCACGGAUAUUAGCAAAUCAUUUAACCAAGAUAGAUUUACAGUUUCUUUUGGAUGAGGAAAUUCAAUUUGAGGGUUUUGACAAAUGUAUCUCCGGGCUAGAACUAAGUUUUUUACCUCAAGGGAGAGCAUUAAGACGUGACAUUAUAGAAAGGGUCGAAACGUUUCGUCUUCUGAUCGCCGUGACUAUUCUCACAUGUCAAACUGAUCGUCAACGAGCUGAUACAUUAAAUGAUUGGAUUCUUCUAGCCAUCGAAACGAAGACAGCCCUUGGAAAUCUAUAUGGAUUCUCUGCUAUCAUGUUUGGACUAUGCAUGCCACAGGUGGAAUGCUUGGAAAACAGCUGGAAUAUACUAAGACGUAUUUACACGGACAAUGCCUUUAUGUUUGAAGCAAAACUGCGUCCAUGUUUCAAGAGUAUGAACGAGGGAACCAAUCCUCUGCCACCGAACACAACAACACCAUACUUGAUCCCAGCAGUUAUGUGCUUCCACUUGUUCGAUGGUGAAGGAGGUGGCUUGAUGCAGGCUGACGAUAAUUUCGAGGGUAGCUUGAUGAACACCCUGGAGUUCGAUUAUAGUGCUACAGCUGCUCAUCUUGAAGCAGCGAGACACUUUCCAGAGCAAGUUGAGAUGUUUAAACGUAACGCAAGAACUGUGGUGCAGGAAAUGUCAUCACUUGGACCGACUUUGGAUCCCACGCUAUUAGAAUUGUUUCGUUCUGAAUUUCAUAUAAACUUCCUUUGGGGGGAGAGGGGCGCCUUGACAACUCCCAAUCAAAGGUUCGCUCGAUUGACGGAUAUAUUAACUGCAAUGGCUAGUAAAUUAUCAAGCCAGCCUCCCGAUAGCGAUGAUCUCGUUUAGAAUGUUUUGUUAUCAAGUUGUGAUCGAAUAAAAUUCAUACUCAUUUUAGAUUUAAUUGAAAUAAUAGAAUUUUAUAUCCCAUAAAUCUAUUACUACGAAAGGGAUACAAAUCACUGGUACCCUUACAUAAUAUUAUUAUCAUUACUGUCAGCUAUAUCAAUUUAUAUAGGUAUAUUAAAGGGUAUUAGAGAAAGAAUGUUCGAAAUCGUAAAUAGUCUCCCCCGCGAUUAUGUAUUUGUAGGUCCACUUUCGUACUCGCGGGAAGAAACGCGAAUCUUUAUUUUAUCUUGCAGUAGCCGAUCGAGGGCUAAGCUAUAUUCUCUGUAAGGAAGGCUAAGACUGGGAUCUCUGCGUACUAUGCUUGCUUAUCUAUUUCACUUAAGCUAUUCCACUAUGGUGAUCCUCUUAGCAUGCUAGGAGCAGUUUAUAAAGCUCCGCGUGGAUAUGGGAGAGAAAUAUGGAUUCCUUAACUCUUUUUUCAAAACUGAUGGAGUCGUAUGAGUAUUUUUAUUUUUUGUUUCAUCACUUUACAUAGAUUAAUAAUUUGUUAAAUGAUGAAGCUGUUGACAUUUAUAUGAAGAGUGGCAGUGAAGUUCUUGCCACUUCUUCUCAUUAAAGAUAAAGCUUUUCCAAAGUUAUGGUAAAUAGUAAAAUGGAGUCAGGUAGGUAUAACUUUUGAUAUUCAAAAGUGUAAUUUGAUGACCAAAAUGUAUAAAUGUUUUGAUUCGAUUUGAACUCUAUUUAGACACUGUUGUGACGACCUGUAUAGCAGACUGGUUAGCGAUCCUACCUACUAAGCGAGAGAUCCCGGGUUCGAAUCCCGGUAGGUGCAAGCAUUUCUAUGAUGAAUAUGGAUGUUUGUUUCCGAGUCAUGGAUGUUUAUAUGUAUUUAUGUAUGUUUAAGUUAGUAUAUUGUAUUAAAUAUAUCGUUGUCUUUGUACCCAUAGUACAGGCUAUGCCUAGUUUGGGACAAGAUAAUUUGUGUAAGAGUGUGUCAAUAUUAUAUAUUAUUAUAUAUUAUAAAUAUAUCGUUUUCUUGCAACCCAUAACACAAGCUAUAUAUGCCUAAUUUGGGGCAAGAUAAUUUGUGUAAAGAGUGUGUCAAUAUUAUAAAAAAAAAACUGUAACAUUUAAAACAGACAAUUAGACGGCUUUAGUCGAGAAUAGAACUUCAGACCAAGGGGAUUAUUGACCUCUGAUCUGAAUCUUGUAAUAUCAGUGAUGAUAAUUUAUGCGUUAUAUAUAUCAAGCGCAUGACAAAUUCUUGUACAUCUUCCUAAAAACUGUUGAUACGAACAAAGAUUUGAUAAUAGUAACACUAUAAAGAAGGUGUCUAUGAUACUCUGUGGUAACAUCAAGUGAUUUGUCUAUGCGGAUUUGUAACAAUAUUAAUAACCGUAUUAGUAAGUAGUGAAUACAGAUUUGGAAUACGUUUAAGAUAU